GCGAAAAUCUUGUUUGAACAGAAGCGCACAAACUAGUUUUGUGUUCGCUGAGCACUCAGGUCGUCGCGGACAAUUUUUAUCUUUGAAUUCCGGUUGUAGUGGCUUAACAAUUGUGUUACGAUAAAAAGAAGCUUCGUUUUAUUAUCGGCUGUAAUAUUACAUGAUGUAUUGCAGGAAUUUGAUUCCGUAGAGCUUCGAAUAUUGUUGCAGUCAUCAUGUAAUUUGUUGUCUUACCUAGUCAUACGACACGCAUGAAAAAGUCUGAUAAGUCUUUGCUUCCGAGACACACCCAAAUGUUUUAGGACCGUAUGCAAAUUCCAAUUUUAAUCUGAUAUCUUUGUGUGGAACGUACUACGAUUAUACAAUACAAACACGACGAAUUACUUAUGUCACACCAGAAUACCUCAAGUACCCCAUGCCUGUUUUAGCAACCUAAUUUCAUCGUUUCAGUUAGGUUCUAAUAACAACGGUGACUGACUUGGAUUCUGUUAUGUAGAUUCUCUUUAACAUGAUGUAGCGUGCAUAAAGUAUACGCAAUAACCAAGCCAUAGUGAACGGAUAGGAUCCUAACUCAUAACUUACAAAUUCGAGCUAAACUAUUCCUACUGUUCAUUCAUGAAUUUAAAAUUGAAAUCACAUUACUAUCGUCUUUCUGACCUCAUCCAACCACAUUAGAUGGGCUGAACGUAAUCUGCGUAAAACAUAAAUGAAGAUGUUAAGAUUUAGCAGGAACUCCAAAGGCUAACACUUACUCUAGUCACUCAUCCAUCCGAACGAUGUUGCAAAAAUUUCAGACAGCCGACUGCUGAUAAGACGAAAUGCGAUUACUGUUCAAACAUUGAAAGCGUCUAAGUCAUGCUGGCUCUGUUACACUCAUCCCGUAAUCGUGUAUCUUUCCGAUAGUACUGUGCGGUGUGAGCUAGGGGAUGGAAGACGAUCGUAAGCUGAAGUUUCUGCAAAACGAGCUACUGCAGGAAGUGUUUGCCAAAAAUGUAGAUCUCAAAAAUCUGCACGUAGUAAAAUGUGUUUUGAACGCACCGAAAUCCAUGGAUGGCUUCAUGGCCACCAUCUACAGUCUGGAUGUUGUGGCGGCAGAAAAAGAUGCUGAGUAAUACGGUGCGUAAUUUGACGCUAUUGGUGAAGGUGAUGAAAGGGGACGAGACGUUUCGCCGCGAGUCAUUGGGACUGAUUUUGUUUCCAAACGAAAUUAACGUUUACGGCAACAUAAUUCCAGCUUUUCGUGAAUUGAUUGCGGACGCUGAAGCUGACAUUGACACCGAUACAUGGUGCCCGAGAGUUUAUUUUGCGAAGCAAGGAAAUUUUUCCGGCUAUAGUGAGCAGUUUGAAACUAUUCUGGUGAUGCAGAAUGUCCAACCACUUGGCUAUACAUUAGGCCCACGGUUUGACCUAGACGAGGCCCAUCUGACACUGAUGGCACGGAAUAUUGCACAGUUUCACGCGUGCAGUUAUGCGAUGAGAAUUUUGAACACUGAUCGACUUAAGCGGCUAGUUGAAACUAUCAUUCCAUUAGAUUUCAUCAAAGAUGGUGAAGUCUGCUUCAAAAGUUAUAAUGUUGUAUUUAAGCACAGCCAAGCUAGAUUAUACGAAUAUUUGGAUCGAAAUCCUAGUAUUUUGGAAAAUGAUAAAAUUCGAACGGACAUUGCAAGGUUGCAGAAAAAAUAUCAAGGGAAACCUUCGGAACUAAUGCAACUAUGUAUACAGAGAGAUGAUGUUUAUUCUGUGAUUCUUCACGGAGACUACAAUCGAAACAAUGUACUUUUUAAAUAUGACGGAGAAACGCCGGUCGACGUUCUAAUGAUCGACUUCCAGGAAAACCGCUUUGGAUCUCCCGCAGUGGAUUUGUCUUUUUUCAUGUUUAUGAACAUGAACGAUGAAUCUAAAGAGUACCUAUGGGAUAAAAUACUUGAAAUUUAUCACGAGGAAUUAUUCAGAUGUAUUUUGGAGAUUACAAAACUACCAGCCAACGAUGAUCGUCUGAAGUUGUACAGUUACGAAAAUUUGAUGUCACAUCUGUCGAACUAUUUCAUCUAUGGUGCAAUGAUUGCGGUGAAAUUUAUCCCAACAAUGAUGGCAUCACCUGAAGAACUGGACGAAAUUGUGCACUACUUCGAAAAUGACGUCUAUGCGGAGCAGUUCGGGAAAAUCCUAAGGCAAGCUGGGGGUGAAAAUGCUAACAGGCGUAUUGCUAAUGUUAUGUUACAUUGCUCCCGAAAAGGAUAUAUGCAAUUUCUGGCAGAUUGAUUAAAGUAAAAAAACGAAGAUGCUGAUUGUGUCUCUGGAGCUCGAUUCUUUGUAAUAAAUAUUCUUUCUAGUUGUAAAA